UUUCGGCUAGGUGCGAUUCGUUUAAAAAGAUUUAAUUUUAUCAAUAUCAUAGAUAAAAAUUAAGUAAUAACUCAAAAAUUGUUCUCAAAGGAUUAUCGCGUAAAAGUAAUACGCGAGACACACAUAAUAAUAACAAAAAGGCGUCAUUUGAUGGAAAAAUAUGUUUUGUAGCAGCAAAUUGACAUAUGUAUUUGGAAUAUUUUCGGGGGAAAAUUAGCAAUUAAAAAGGCUCAAAAUAAUUUAGCCAUUAUUAAACAAAAUUUCUUUUAAAAAAAUAUUUAUGGUAGUUUCCGUGAAACUAUUACCACAUUGGCUUUCGUAAUAAUCAAAAAAGCACAGUCACAUGCAUUUGUAAGAACUUUUGACCAGAGGUUGUGUAAAAAGUGUUCGAAGUUGAGGAUUAAACUACGAUUGAUAAAUUAAAAAGUUGUUGAAUUUUAAGUAAUUUUAAAAUAAAACGGCUAUAUAAAGCCUAGUGUGAUUACAAAGGAGAGAUGUCGCAACAAGUGCAUGACGCUACCGUCUUUGAGAGACGUUUGCGCCCAAUAUAUGAUAGUUUGGAGGUUGGAAAUAACCGAAAAGCUCUUCAAGAGACGGAAAAACUUCUAAAAAAACAUCCAAAUAUGUGGUGUGCUCGAGCAUUGAAAGCGUUAGCAUUACUUCGACUGGGGCGAUAUGAAGAGAGUCAGAUUGUAUUAAAAACUGUGAGCAAUGAGAAACCAGUAGAUGAUCCAACAUUACAGGUGUUAUCAUUUUGCUAUAAAGAAUUGGAACAACUGGACAAGAUUGUAUAUUUGUAUAAUAACGCCGUAAAACAAUCACCCGGUAAUGAGGAACUAUUAGCCCAUCUUUUUAUAUCUCAUGUGCGCUUGGAGGAUUUUAAAUCGCAGCAAUCUGUUGCGCUUCAAUUAUAUAAAGCCCAACCAAAGACGGCGUAUUAUUUUUGGGCUGUAAUGAGUGUUGUUCUUCAGGGCAUACGUGGACCAGAAAGUAAAUUUCCGGAAAAGACCAAAAUUUAUUUAGCGCUUGCGCAGCGCAUGGUAGAAAAAAUGAUCAAUGAAAACAAACUCGAGUCGGAACAAGAAGUUUUUCUUUAUUUGCAUAUUUUAAAACUACAGAAAAAGUAUAAAGAUGCUUUGGAAUUUCUUAACGGUGAACUAUGUGAAAAACUGUAUCCUGGCGCCCCCGUUUAUAUGAAAAUCGAUUUGUUAAAAGAGUUGAAAAUGUGGCAAGAGACAAAUACCCUUCUAAAAGACUUGUUAAAAGAUGAUCGAGAUCGUUGGGACUAUUAUCAAGAUUACUUAAUAAGUUGUUUUCAAUUGCUGAAAGAUGUCUCCCAAAACACUCUGACCGAGAAAACUAACGAUGAAACAGCCAUAAGUGAAUUAAGUACCCUAGAUGAAUGCCAUGAUUUUCUUUGUCAGAUGAUCGAAUCCGGUGAACGCAAAGUACGUGGACCAUAUUUAGCGCGCUUGGAACUACAUAAGCGUAUGCGUGCACAAAAUAUGGAUGCAGAAGCUUUACUUGGUGACUUUUCUGUAUUGAUUAAUGAAUAUUUUCGGCUUUUUGGUGACAAACCUUGUUGUACUCACGACAUUGCGCUCUUCCUGCCCUCUAUUAGUAUGGAAGGUCGUCAGCAGUUAGCUAGUAAGCUUUUAUUGGAGAGCGGAAUUAGCUCCACUACACUACCACAGGAUAAAGAACAAAUGCAAAAGCACAUCUGUGCUUUGCAGAUUUCACGCAUUUGUGGCUCACAUUUAGACUUGCAAACGGAACAUUUACUUGCAUUUUACACUGCCCUAAAAUUGCACUAUGAACACGGUUUAAGCUCUUUUGGUAAGAAUUUACUACACACCGAUAUGGGUCCAUCUGAUCCGUACGCGCUACUGGCCGCAAAUGUAAUGUAUGAUGUAAGCUUGAGAGAACAACGAUCGGAUCGAAUUUUUGAAGCGCUCUGUCUGUUACAAUAUGUACUUCGUAAUAGCACCAGCAAUUUUCAUGUAAAAUUGCUUAGCCUGAAGAUAUAUCAUAUGUUCGGUUGCAUGUUGGGCGCACAAGAAAUGUACGAUUACUUGGAUAUCAAGCAAAUACAGCUGGACUCGAUGAGUUACAUUCAUUGCAAUUUAUUGCCAUUGUGUGGUCGUUUCUCUAUGGCACGCACAGUUUUUGAUGCGACUUUGAAAUUUUUCACCAACAGCUACAAGGAACGCUUAGAGUACAUUACAUUGACAUAUCGGUUUUGUACAUUCUCUAAACUUGAAGAGUUCAUGAAUUUUAAAGAACGUCUUACAAACAGCAUUCACUAUGUCAGUACUUCUAUAGAGGCGCAAUUGUGUGAUUUGGUUAUGUUAUAUGGUAAUGUGCGACAAAACCUAGCAGCAUAUACAGCUAUGAGCAUUGAGCCUGCUGAGGAUCGCAUUUCAUGGAAUGAAUUAUCGGACAAUCGCGAUUUAGGCGCCUUGAUACGCUGGGACCCGGUGCAUUUGGUUAAUGUUGACGAGGAACGCAAAGAAUCGUUUGACCAAGAAGUGGAAGUGUUGCAAAUACGCCAACUUCAGUUGCGUUUAGUAGCUUCGUUUGUCGACAUUUUCCACCAAAAACCAAAUUUAGACAUAGCAAAUGUAACGGAAGAUAAACAAAACAUCGAUAAAAAUAUUAAUAGCAAGAAAACGAAUCAAAAAACCGUUAACGCAAAUAGCAACAGCAACUCCAAUGAUAUGGAAAGCGCAAGAGAAACCGACACGAUCGAAUUGCUGCGCGAUUCAUGGUCUGGAUUAUUUCAACGUCUGCGUCUCAUGAACUAUAAGCCACUGUCAAAUCGUUUUCUAGUCAAUUUGUUACCAACUAGACUGCAUCUGUUGCUUGAAGUGCCAUAUGAGGAGUUCUUCAGUUCGCUCGCACAGCUUGUUCUGGAUUUAUACAGCGGAGCGAGUAAUUUGCCAAUUCAAUGUAAAGUGGUUAGCGACAGUGCGUCUAAAAUUGUACAACUAUGUGUACAGGUUAUAACGGAAAGUGACUCAGUGGCGGAUGGCCUUUGGCGUAGACGCGAAUGGCAGAAUAAGGUGGCUGCGUGUUUAGAAAUAUUGUCGUUAUACGCUUUUGUAUUAUCGGUUAUAUAUGAAAAAUUACAACAACCUGCCAAGACCAAACCCCGAAAGAAGGCCGCUCAGGAAAGCAAUAGUGAUUUGAAUAUCGUAAAUGAGAAGGAACGCAGCCAAUUAGUGAUUGAGUUAAUGCGUCACCUGAGAAAACAAUUUCAAAGUUGCGAAAAUGCCAUAACUAAUUGGAAAACACCGACUUUGGCUCGAGAACUAAACUCUUUUAUGGCGGAUAUGUCGCUUAAGCCAGAAGUAGAAGCAACUCUCAUAGGUGAUGUCGCGUCAAUAUUUAAGGAAUCUCAUGAGCUUAUGGUUGCGGAACUCCGGAAUUUAAUCAAAGAUAAAAUGCGUAUGUUGAGCAAGUAGAUUUCUAACGACAGUCGUUGCGACUUACAACCGUGUUUUUCUUUGCUGUGCAAAUCAAACAUAAUAUUUAACAGAAAACAUAAAAAAAGAAGUUUUAAAACGAAAACAUGAAAUUAAAUGAGAAAAUGCGAUGAACAUCAAUAUUGUAAUAAAAAGUUGGAGCAAAUUUAUAAUAACAAAUUAAAACACUAGGAUAGUUUGUUUCAAAUUAAAAAGAAAACUGAGUGAGACAGUACGCUUCCAUGACCUAUCAAUUUAAUUCAUCAAUUUUUAUUAUUAUGUAAUUAAAGCGUUUGCAUAGAAGUUAUUGACAAUAAA